ACACUGAAUCAGUGAUGGGGACUGAACCCUCGCAACCAUGUGGUUUACAGUAAAUGAAUCUUUAGCCACAAGGCCAUAUUACAUGAAAAGAUUUAAUUUAAACUGACAAGCGCAUGAAUGCCUUUAGUAAAGCAUUUUUAUUCUGUUACUCCUCAUGGAAUGCUUAGUGAAGUUAAGACAUCCAUAUUCUUGCAAAUGACAGAAGGAAAAUGUUAAGAUGCUUUUGUAGGUCAGUGUGCUUGUUUAGCUUCUGUCUUAGUCCUUUUUUUAUGUCUUCACAGCUUUGAAGAUGACUGCAAGCAGCACCCCCAAGACCCCCAAGGGCCCCCGUUUCCUUAACAGUCGGCUUGGUACACCUUCUCAAAGCCAAGACGUAAUGUCAGUCCUUCACACACAGAGGUCACAGACUGCAGCUUCUGGAGAUGCUGCUCAGAAACUGUUAACAAGCACGCAGAUUCUGAGAAUCCAGAGAGAAACCGAUUUCCUCAGGUGUGCACAUUGCCUGGCUCCUCGUCCCACAGAUCCCUUUGCUCGUUUCUGCCAAGAAUGUGGUUCGCCGAUGCCACCUGUUCCAGGGCAGAGACUGCCACCUCCUGAAGGAGCCCAGCUGGGUCUGUGUGUUGAAUGCAAGACAAUGGUGCCGGUGAAUACACCUACUUGUAUUGUUUGUGAAGCUCCCAUCCCUCCUCAGCUGCAGCCACAAGCGAGCAUCCGGCUUAAGGACAAGAUCAUAUGCAGUUCUUGUGGAACAGGAAAUCCUAAUAACCUCCAAUUUUGUGUCAUCUGUGAGAAGAAGUUAGAUGAAUCACAAUCACAUCCUGUAUUCUGUGGAGAAUCUGCUCCUCCUGUGCCCAGCUCAGACAACAAGAUGGUGUCCUGCUCCAAGUGUGGCCGUAUCAACUCUGGCACUGCCCGCUUCUGUGACUGGUGUGGCUCCAGGGCUGCUCCUCCCGUGAGCUAUAUGACCUGCUCCAAGUGUGGGGCCAACGCUCAUCCCUAUGCCCACUACUGCAGCUCAUGUGGAGUGUAUUUGGAAGCACCCCCCAGGGUCAACACUCAGAACGGCAUGACUUUCAGCUCAGCUCUCGCCCAGACGGAGACAUUGGAGCAGCAGAACAGCACUGGCAACUGGCAACCUCUGACAAUUCAACUGCCAGAUCCCAAAGGGGGGCAGACAAAGAAUGUGAGCCAACAGACCCAAACUGUGGGACUUUUUUACCCAUCAUGCAAAGCACUCGAAAAAAGAGAAGAGGAGGUGGUUCAGCAGAAGGAAAAGUUGGAGCAGAUGAGCGACCGCAAGCCUCUCCUCACAGCGAUCAGUCCUGGCCGAGGAUACUGGAGAAAACAAGUGGAUCAUAUCUGCGCUCAUUUUAGAUGCUACGCUCAGAACAACACUGAGUUUCGAGCUCUGAUUGGGGAGCCUCGUCUGGGUAAGAUGAUCUCUGCAACUGUCCACGAAGAUAAUUAUGAACUUAGUCUGCGGAUAAAUUUUGUCCUGGCUGGAAAUAAGGACUUCUUGGGAGGACAACCAGCAAAGCUGGCGGAGAAUAACUUCUUGAGCAGUGUGACCGAGGGAAGAAACGGUCUAUACAGCAGUCAAAGCAGUCUUGUAAGUGAGAGCAGCGAGACGGUUAGCAUCAGGAAGAAAAAGAAGGCAAAGAAGACAAGGAAGAUACUGGAGAGAGAAGAUAAGUUACCACCUGAGGACAGGCAGCUUCUUAAAGAAGUGGGUUCUGAUGGCAAGGGAAGAAUCUCAGUUGUGGAGGAGCUACUAGAUGAAGGUGCAGAUCCCAACUGCAUGAACAAUGACAACCGCCCUGUUUUAACAGUAGCUGUGCUUGGUCAACAUCAUGAAGUCAUUCCUGUUCUUAUCCAGAAAGGUGCAGACAUUGAUCAGCAGUCUGGACCAGUAAGUAAUACUGCUCUCCAUGAAGCGGCUGCUUUAGGAAACCAGGGCCUGGACUGCACUGAAACUUUACUUGGGUGUAAUGCAAGUAUCAAAAAGAAGAACGACAAAGGACUAACCGCAUACGACUUGGCUGUGAAGACCGGCAGUGACAAGCUUAUUUCUUUGUUUGCUUCACAAAUGGGCCAGGGAAUGCUAAACAGACUUUCCAAAAAUCAAAAGUGAUAAUAGAGGGAGCUUAUUGUGAUUUUUAUAUUUGUGAGGUAAUGAAAAUUAUUUUAUGGGAGCUUAUGUGUAGUUUUUCUUCUCCAAGUGAAAAAAGUAUGUAACAACCAUGACAUAUCUGCUUAAACCAUCGGUACUGACACAAGAAUGGCAGUUAUUGUUUGUCUGGACCUUAAACCAUUUUACCUUGUAGUUUUUCUGAGAUUUGUUGUUAAUGAGGUCUGGCCAAUUAGCCCUUCACACUUUUCAAUUUUUUCUUCUGGGAAGCAUUAUUCUCUUCCAGUUAUCCAAAGUCAUGCUGGAAUCAUGAAACAAGAACUUCUAUAGUUGUCCCCCUGUGUUCAAAUUUAAAACAAAAACAACCCGACAUGAUUUUUCAGUUUUCCAACUUGUGAACAAGAAAAAGAAA